CGGAUUAAAAUCUGGCCGUUUCUUGGCCGAUAUCGAAAAAAUGUUUGGCCGAAUUUUGCCAUGAGAUGGCGUGCGUGUGUGUUUGGUCGUGAAGGCUGUUGACUAUCUGACAACCCUGGUAGUAGCGAAUAUCGAACGAGGAACAAGAAUCUAACUUACAGUUGUUGAAUAUCGAACAAGGAACAAGUAACCAAACAAGCCUGCUGAUUCUAUAUUGAUUAACUGAAAAGAUUUAUUUGUGACAUGACCAUCCUUAUGUGUUAUUCAAGUAUAAUAGUCCUGAUUUUAAAGCUAUGUGAUGUUAUAAAUGGUCAGAGUAUGCCUAAUGUUACUGUACAAGAUGCUACUGUUACAUUAGGGGAAGAUGCCACCAUCAACUGUUUCUACACAAUAUAUGGUGGAAGAACCCUAUUAGCUGUUACUUGGUACGGCAGCAAUUCUGUAGGAGCAGCUCAGGGGGAUCUGCUUGUUAGUUCUUCUGUUGGCACAAAUCCCAACGGCAAAUACAGUGUAGACGACUCACAAGCUGGUGUAGCUACUCUCAAUAUUGCAAAUACAUUAUUGUCAGAUGAUGGAUUCUAUCAAUGUGCAGUUGUUGAUUCAGGUACUCUCAGUGGCAAUCAUUUUGGCAGUCUAACAGUUCACUUUAUAAAUGGUCAGACUAUUCCUAAUGUUGCAGUACAAGAUGCUUCUGUUACAUUAGAGGAAGAUGCCACAAUCAACUGUUUCUACACAAUAUAUGGUGGAAGAACCCUAUUAGGUGUUAAUUGGUACAGCAGCAAUUCUGCAGGAGCUCAAAGGGAUCUGCUUGUUAGUUCUUCUAUUGGCUCAAAUCCUAACGACAGACACAGUGUCGACAUCUCACAAGCUGGUGUAGCUACUCUCAAUAUUGCAAAUACAUUAUUGUCAGAUGAUGGAUUCUAUCAAUGUACAAUUGUUGAUUCAGGUGGUCUCAAUGGCAAUCAUUUUGGCAGUCUAACAGUUCACUAUUUAUAUGAUGUCAUGAUUGAUAUUAAUUCUAAUACUACUGCUGAAAAUGUCACAAUCACAUGUUCUGCAAAUGGCAGUCCAUCUCCCAUGAUUAAUCUCAAUAAGGAUGAUGUUGAUAUUAAGACAGAAAAUGAUUCAUUUCUAACAUAUAAGAUAGAUAAUGUAACAAAGAGUGAUGGAGGAAGUUACAAAUGUAAAGCAACUAACAAUGUUGGUAAUAAAUAUAGUGGAACAAUAGUACUCAAUUACUUUAAACCUGAAGUGACCUUAGAUAAAGAAGUAGUCACUAUUGCUCCUGGUGGGAGUAAUACUAUUACAGCGAAAGUUUCUGCUAAUCCUAAUGACAUUACUUAUAAAUGGACCAUUGAUCCCGAGAAUUAUGCUACCAUAAUCCCCCAUGACGAUGUUACAGACCCUUUCUCUUCAACAAUCACAAUAAUGGCAUCAGAAUCAACUAAAGACAGCACAGAGUAUACAGUAAGAGUAGAAGUUACUAAUAACAUUGGAUCAACAACACAACAAGCCAAGGGUAUUGACUACUGUGUUUCCAGUCCGUGUGAAAAUGAAGGGACCUGUAUACCUGCUAAUUUUGAGUUUACAUGUGAAUGUAAACAAGGAUACAGUGGAAGAUAUUGUGAAAGUGAUGUUUCUACCUCUUCUAAUUGCACAAGUUUGACAAUUGGUAUAUUCUUUGUGGGCAUGAUUGUUGGGGCCUUCGGAGUAAUUGGUGGAUUGAUUAGCUACACAAAAAUUAAACAGGUUGGUUAG